AUGCUUCCCGACUUUUGCGUCGCUGCUACCGGCACUGCGACUGGCACCAACGAGCCCGCCCCAAAGGAGGACUUUGACUUUGGGCUAACAAAAUGCUUAGUUGAAAUCUUCGCACCAGGCCACUAUUUCUACAUUACCCGUUCCGCGCCUAAGGCAUUGGUCGGCUCUUAUACUUGUCGCUACGAUAGGGGCUGCACAGAGCAGAUCUCCAGGAUUUAA